GGGUGCUGCUGUGCUCCGUGCAGUUUCCUCCAUUCAAACACUGACAAUUCAAAAUGACAAAAUCACAAUACACAGAAAAUGAUGGUACAAGCAGGAAGGGGUCCUCCCUCCUUAGAGCCGUGGGCGGCCUUUUCUCGAAAGAAGCAUGGAGGGUGUACCUAAGGACCUUUCUUUUUAUCAGUACUUCUACCCUCUUACUAUGUGUCUCUGCUAUUGCAUAUUGGGUGUUCUACACCAGAUACAUCCCACAAAUCGGACUUGAGCGCGUCGUGCAUUUGCAGUUUGGUGAUGGUCAUCCUUGGGGAACUGCACUGAUCGGCUCAGAGCUGGUCUCUCUCCAGCCAUAUGACGUGAGUGUAAGAUUACAAUUGCCUCGUACUCCUUCGAACUUUGCAGCUGGAAACUUCAUGCUGGACUUGGCUCUCUUAUCACAUCCUUUGGAUAUUUCCACGGGGAAAGGGGUGAAUGUCUCUACAGUUCCUAUGGUGCGAUCUCGCCGUCCUGCUAUUCUUACCUACGCCUCUCCCCUGGUGGACACGGCGAACAGACUCUCUUAUCUUCCCCUGUAUGUGGUCGGUUGGCAUCGUGAAGAAGAGAUUUUGGACGUGCAGAUGAUGGAGCAAGUUGAAUUUGCCCGUGGGUGGAGUAAUUUGCCCGGUAGUCUGCAUCUUCGGGUGGAAAGUGAUGAGCGGAUGCAGAUAUACAGUGCAAAGGUGGAGUUUAAGGCGAGAUUCACGGGUCUGAGAUGGGUUAUGUAUAACUGGAGGCUCUCAUCUUUUGCCAUUUUCAGCACCCUUUUCUGGAGCAUUUCGGUGUUAUCAACAGGCGCUGCCUGGGCCUUUCUUGCUUUCAUUUUUGGCAGCAGGACGGAAAGGCAUACGAAAUAUGACAAAAGACGAGAUCGUGAUAAGUCUGAGUCCCCUAUCAAAGAAGAAACGGAUGAUGAAGCAGUCAAUCCGCAUUCCGUCGGGCCUACAAUCAAGGAGGAGGACGAUCUAGCGGAACAACCGAGUGCCAGUCCCCAAACAAGCGAGGCAGAUGAUGAAUAUGAUAGUGCAGGAGAGGGCCAGAGUACCGACGUCCAUAGUGAGUCCGGUGCUGGAACCGGAUUCGAGAGCCCUGGUGCUAGAAGACUUCAACGACGAAGAAGUCAUUUCCAAGAAGUACUCUCAUAGGUGUGUUGGCUUAUUUUUGUCUUUUCAAUAGGCAUAUAUAGGCACUUGCUAUCUUACUUAGAAUACCCAUCUUGUUAACU